GUUAACAACGAAAGUUUGCUGAAGUCAACAGAGGGACUCAGAGUGCUAGAUCAAGUCUCAUCGCUGAGCCAUGACCGAGACUCAAGACCCAACACUAGCCAGCUAAUCUUAGAGAAAGGGGAUGUGCAAAAAUCUAUCCAUGACACCGCGUCUAUAGUGAAGGUAUCUGAAAAUUUGUUACAUAGUCACACUAAUUACGUUGAAACACAAGACGAGGUAAAAUACGAAACCUCCGUUAGACAAGUUAUGAAUGUUCUUGAAAAUAAAGCAUUCGAAAGUGCAAGAAAUUUUAUUACAGAACUGAUAGGCUCGAUAGAAGAAAGAAAUGCCAAUUUAAAGCCACAAAGUAAGGAAAAUGAGUUUAAAAAUAAAACGCAAGUUUCAGUAAAUCGCAAUAGUGUAAGUGAGAACAGAAACACCUCGCCCAAUAUAAGGGUAACACAAGGAUCAUUGAAAAUAAGGAACACUUCCCUAGGGGUAGAGAGGGCCAGAGAGGCGUGCCCAGGCAGCCCCAAGAGACUCGAGUUGGGCCCAACUAUCACCUCGCCAGAUGUCACCGUCGCUAGUACAUACAGUCCAGUGAACCCAUGGCUUCAAUCUCAUGUGAGUGUGGGUAUUAUUGUGCUUGUGUGUUUGACAAAUGUAUGUACACCAUGUGGGCACCGGGUGUACAUCGUGUGUACACCUCAGCUAGCCCCAACAAUAGCUGCUUGCCUUCUGCAUUUUCUCCUGACUUUUUUUUUAUGAAACAUUCUUGGAAAUUGCGAAAAGCUUUUACCAACCAUAUCCACAUUUCUGGAAAGUGUUUUUGAUAUUCAGUUGUCACGAGAUUUGUUUUCACAGAAUUCUCUGUGAAUUUUAAGGUAUUUGCCCUGUUUUACGGGACUACAGGAGAUGCCGGUGGUAGGUGAGUUGAAGGAGCCAGUACUAGUGUUGGAGGCUGGGGCGAGGGUGAGGUACAAUAUCACCUGGCACGGCUACACCACCCCAGUCCUCACCUUCGUGAUCUUGGGUCGCCUGGGCAACACGAUGGGCGUCUACGCCAGCCUCUGGGCCGUCGCUAGGAUCUACGAUACACAAGUUUUCAUGGAGAAAGAAGUUGAGAAACUGCUGAAGCCGAUGUUCCCUCACCUCACCAUGUCUCCUCUCCCAGUGAGGAUGGUGGGAGGUACAUGGCUGUACGUGGGGAGGGGAUCGCCCUGUCUGGCUGAUUAUACUUCACUGCAGGAGGCAGCUGCUGGUCUGAGAGGAGCCAGAGCUAUUGUCGUGGACGACUACCCCUUCGAGAUGCAGAUCUUCAACGCUUUUAGGGAUGACCUCCUGAUGGAGUUUACUUUCAGCCACCAGCUGCAGCAAGAGGCUCAGGACUUCCUGCGACGUGUCACCGCCGUCACACACACAGGGGCACCGCCCACUAAUUUCGUCGGGGUGCACGUCCGUCGCACCGACUAUCCGACUACCCUGGAGAAACUUUUCAAAAUCAGUCCUCCUGGACUAGACUACCUCAGACGAGCUCUCACAUUCUACCGUCAACGCCUGCCACGUGUGACCUUCGUAGUGGCUUCUGAUGACCAAGACUAUGUGAUGGAUGCCCUCGGCCAGGAGCUAGACGUCGUCUUCACUCAAGGUUUUCCACCUGAACUUGACCUGGCAGUGCUGGUGGCGUGUAAUCACACAAUCAUCACCAUGGGAAGCUUCGGCUUCUGGGCAGGAUACCUCGCUGGAGGCGCCGUCGUCUACCCGGACCUCCAGCCCAAGAUGAACGAGUACUCCUUCUCCCGGAUCUUCUACGAGAGGGCCAACCUCACCCAGUUCAUUCCCCUUCCUCCCUGAGACGCGUUAGUGGAACUACAUUUCCUUAUUCAGCUCUCCAGGGCUCAUAUUCUUGUUGAGUGUUCUGUAUGUGUAAUAUGCACAUUAGUAUGUGUGAAGGCUUUCUACGUUAAGUAGUUCAUAUUUUUCAAUUGUGGUGCGGUACUGUCUGCAAUCAGAUUGAGUAAUUCUUCUAAUGGCAGUUGGUUUUAGAUGACUUGUUAUUUAAGAUCCUGGUAAUGAUUGGUUUUAGAUGACUUGUUAUUUAAGAUCCUGGUAAUGAUUGGUUUUAGAUGACUUGUUAUUUAAGAUCCUGGUAAUGAUUGGUUUUAGAGGACUUGUUAUUUAAGAUCCUGGUAAUGAUUGGUUUUAGAUGACUUGUUAUUUAAGAUCCUGGUAAUGAUUGGUUUUAGAGGACUUGUUAUUUAAGAUCCUGGUAAUGAUUGGUUUUAGAGGACUUGUUAUUUAAGAUCCUGGUAAUGAUUGGUUUUAGAGGACUUGUUAUUUAAGAUCCUGGUAAUGAUUGGUUUUAGAGGACUUGUUAUUUAAGAUCCUGGUAAUGAUUGGUUUUAGAGGACUUGUUAUUUAAGAUCCUGGUAAUGAUUGGUUUUAGAGGACUUGUUAUUUAAGAUCCCCAUGUCCAUAUACUGUACCAUAGGUGAAGUAAGGGUAAAUUAAAGAAUAGUACCGAGUGAAUAUUGUUGUAUGCGUAUUCUGGAAAGUAUGGAUGAAACGAUACAAAUGACUAAGUUCCUAGGACUGAAACGAGUCCAGUAAAGGUGUUCUAAGCAUAUGCCUUUCGAUCAUACUGUUGGUAUUGUUAUAUCUGGGACUUUCAUCGGAAAGAAUGCUCACUGUUCAGGAAACUAAAGUUGAGGUGUGUUGCAUCUAGUUACUAAAUUUAAUUUUUUCUGUCAAAGUGAAUACCCAGUAAGUUUCCUUCAUGUUGUCCUUCAGUGCGCAUAUAUCUUUGUUUAAUUGUACAUAUUUAGCUUUGUUUUUCAAUAUUACGCACUACGUCUUUAUCAAUAUCGUUGAUUUAUUAUUCUCCAUCUUUUUCUUAUAGUAUAGUUCGAAGACAAAGUCACUUUCUGACUUUUAUUCUUCGAGAUCGGGAAGGUCAGGAAGCGAAGUGGCUCGUGGCUCGAAUGGUAUAGAGCCUUCGGCUCACAACUGAAGGACCCGGGCUUGAACCGAGGACGAGUGGAAAUGUUAGGCAUGUUCCGUACGCUUGUUGUUCCUGUUGACCUAACAGUAAGAAGAUAUCUGGGUGCUAGCAUAGUAUAUAGGGUCACAUCCUGAGGAAAAUGAUCAAUUGUCCCCCAGAGGAAAUAAGCCACAGUGAUUGGCUUUCCUGGAUUACUAACACACCGGGAAAAUAAAAAGGCACAUAAUAGCAUGGAAUCUUGUUUAAUACAACGUUUCGCCCAAGGCGAAACAAACGAAUACAUUGUUUUAUCAGGGAAAUGAGUCCCAUGAAGGCUUUAUUCACACUUGGCGGCUUAUGCCACGCUUACUUAAUAACCCACACUGAGUUAAUUAAGCCAGUAAAAUCUUUUAGAAAUGUCAAAAUAGAGAGAGUAGUAUACGUAUUUACAUACCUCGCAUUUUAUGCUGAAUUUCUGUAUGAUUUUUGAAGGUAAACUGUCCUAUUACACCAGCUGUGUUUCUUUUUAAGGUAAACUGUCCUAUUACACCAGCUGUGUUUCUUUUUAAUGUAAACUGUCCUAUUACACCAGCUGUGUUUCUUCUGAAGGUAAACUGACCUAUUACACCAGCUGUGUUUCUUUUUAAGGUAAACUGACCUAUUACACCAGCUGUUUCUUUUGAAGGUAAACUGACCUAUUACACCAGCUGUGUUUCUUUUUAAGGUAAACUGUCCUAUUACACCAGCUGUGUUUCU